AUGUAAAGCAGCCAAUAGCAAGUUUAGAUGCAAGAAGUCGUCUUGUAAAAUUUAGAUGAGAAUACAAUUUAUCAAUGUCUCGAAGCAAUCCACACUGCCGCUAACGAGUCAAUCAGAAAAAAUGCUGACUAAUAUUUGAUGAGUUUGGAAGAACAUCCUCAAUUUUCUUUAAUUUUGAUUUCUAUCUUCGAAAAAGCUCAAGUAGAAACAAUCAAAUUGACAGCCUUAAUGUAUCUCAAAAACAUCAUUAAGAGAUAUUGGUCAUAAAGAUCCUUAGUAAAGAAGAAAGAAUGCCCUUUCCCUGAACAAAAUAAGACUUAAAUUCGUCAAUACUUUGUCAAUUUACUUUAGAAUAAUAAUAGCAGAAGCAUUAGAAAGCAUAUAGAUGCAUGCAUUAGUUUAAUUAUUUAAAAUGAAUUGCCUAACUGCUUUCCUUAGAUUAUAGAGUAUAUCUAAUCUUCUUUAAGCGCCUUGCUUCAAGUUUUAAAACAAGGAAAUAUUGAUGUUUUGAAUAAUUAAGAAACCUUCAACUUACUCAAAACCUGUAAAAUUGUCUUGAGAUAAUUCUCCAAAAAACCUAUAAAUAACUAAUAGCCCAAUCCUAUCCACUAAAGUAAUUUAGAGUUGGUAUUUACCAUUUGGGAGAUGGUUAACAAUUACACCUAGCAAGCUAUCAGCAAUUAAAAUAUCAACUAAUUUUAGUUAUUCACUAGCAUUUCGACCGCAUUUGAUAAAAUGCUUUGUUUUUCUAUUUGCAGUCAAUCAACUGAAACUUAAUUCAGCGAUGCUAUUAGUUAGAUUAUUACUUAGAUAAUUUCAAAACUAGGCUAAAUUCUUGACUUGAUAGGUAAAGUUGGUGAUAAUGAAGACUUAAAAGAAUUACUUAUCAAGCAGAUAAAGGCUAUCACAAUUAAUACAAUCUCAAUUUAGUUUAAGUUACCUCUUGCAUUCUAAGCUAUUUUAUCUACAUAAUUGAAUAUUAUUGAAAAGUUGAUUUAUUCUUUUGAUUAACUCGAAGAAGAAAAUUUAUUAAAGUGUGGUUUACUUGCUAUGUUCAGAAUAUUGAGCAAAUUCACUUACUACGCUAAUCCUGAAUUGUAUAAAGAAAGUGUCUAAAAAAGCAAAAUUAUGCAAUAUGCUUAACCUUAGCUUUAAUGUUCAACAGCUUUCUAUUCAUUUUUUACAGCAGAAAAAAUUGAAUAAACUCUCAAUUAUUUGAUCCAAAAAAUCCUCCCUUAUAAUUUCCAAUUAAUGAAUGAGCUCUCAAAGAACGAUGAUAUCAUUGAAAAAGAUGACUAAAAUUACAUGGAUGAUGCAGUAAAUGAGAUCGAUAACUCUUUAUAUAGCAUAACAAUGUGCAUGACUGAGCAAAUUCUCCAACGUUUCCCAGAAAAAUGUUUGCUUCUUUUAAAAAAUCUUAUGUCUUAAUUGCAACAAUCUAAUUUCACAAAUGUUUCUAGCGACAUACAAGAAAGUAUUUUCUCGAUAAUGGGUUUGGUUCCUAAGGUUUGCAAGAAGAAUAACAUUGAUCCCAACAAUUUAUUCGAUUUUGUUGGAUUGUUAAAAUACUUGUACAACAAUCAAAAGCAAAUGAAUUUUGCAGCAAGACGUAUUCCUAUUUUAGUAACUAAAUGGAUUGAAUAUCUUCCAUAAAAUAUUUAAGUCGAAAUUGCUGGAAUAGUUAGCCAAAUUAUUUAUGACCACCAAGAGCCUUAUAUUCGUUAUGAAUGUUGCAUGUGCUUAUCUGAAAUUGUUAAAACUGAGGCUAACUUAGAUUACUCUGUUAUGAUUGAUAAGAUUGCUCCUAUUAUCGUCCAACUUUUCACUUGCUUCGAAGUCGCUACUGUUUUAUGGCGUCUAAUUUCUUUCUUAUCAAAUAUAUUGAAGAAAUGUUAAGCUGAGAAUUAGCAUUAGUAACUUUUACUUGUCCUCUAAAAUUCACAAUUAAAUGCUAUCCUUAACACAGACGAUGAAUUGUUAAAGGGCGCUCUUGCUGAUAUGUUCAUCGAUUUAAUUGUCUUCUUCCCUCCUAGCACUCCUCUUUAACCCAUUUACAAGCUUGCCAUAUAAUUUAUUGAUAACUGUCUUUCAAAACGCAGCUUGGAAAUUAAUAUUCUUAAAUUGUGGUAUUUCCUCUCAAAAGAAUAUUGCCCUAUUUAGUAAUUGGAUGAACCCAUGAAGAAUCUUCUUUUCAAAUACAUUCCUCUUUUAUCAAAUUCUGAUUAAGACGAAGAGAUUAUCGUAAAGGCUCUUUCUAUCAUUGAAGAAUACAUUUUAUUGGAAUUCAUUCCCUUAAAUUCAUCAGAAAUUCUUGAAUACAUAGAAAAAACAUAUGUGAUUGCAAAGAACUUCGAAGCUGAAGAUUGCAUUGAUGAAUGCUUAAACAUAAAAACUCAAGCCUUGAAUCUUUUGGGUACUGCUAUUUUGAUCUUGUUAAAUAGACAAGAAUAAAACAUCUUAAUGAGCUUAGAAAGAAUUAUGAAGCUUUUAAUUAUUGAUUUAUCUAACACUAACAUCAAUAAGACUAAUAAAUUUGUCCCAUCAUACCGUGCAAUUCUCCAAACUAUAUUCAACAGAUUCUUAAUUGAAAACUUUGGAGCUAUGAUCGAAUUCGUUAAAUAAUGUGGCAUGAAUGUUGAUACAUUUAUGGAAACAUGGUUCAUGAAUAUGGAAUUCACAGAAUCUAAGAAUACUUCAAAAAUUAACACUAUUGCUGUUUUAACUAUCUUGCCCCAUAUCUCUGGCUAAAUGUUCUCUAAGUAUUUCGGAUAUGCUCUUAAAAGAAUGUUACCUGAUAUCCACUUUUACUUAGACUUGCUUGCUGGUAACAAGACUGAAAAACCUUAAAACGCUUUCGCAGUAAGAUCCCGUAAAGAUGAAAAAGUAGCCUCUGCUCGUAAGAAAGCAUUAAGAUAAACUUAAUUAUACGAAAAUGUUAAUUUAGUUUAGUUUUUUAAGACUCAAAUUCAAGCUGCAUUCUAAAAUUUCAAUAUAGCUCCUAACAGUUUAAGUGUAUUGAUUGACGAUUAGGGUAGAAUUGAAUAAUUCUUAAAUAUAAUGAACUCUAACUGA